AGAGUUUUAAAACGUCAUGAUUUGUAUAGCAUUGCCGUAAUCAGUUUCCUGUUCCUUUCAGCGAUUUGCUGCCGUGUGGUUCAUGUCUGUGUAUUUCGUGUUAUUGCCAUAAAGUAGCAAUUUUUUAUUCAAAAUGCCUUCGGUUACUUUAAAAGAUGUUGACCAGCAUAAAUUUGUAAAAGCUUUCUCAGCUUUCUUGAAAAAGUCAGCGAAGGUGAAGGUGCCCGAAUGGGUGGACAUCGUGAAGAACGGCAAGUACAAGGAGCUUGCUCCCUACGACCAGGACUGGUUCUUCACCAGGUGCGCCGCCAUUGUCAGGCACAUCUACUUCCGGUCGCCGGUUGGAGUUGGCGCCAUCACAAAAAUGUUCGGAGGCCGCAAACGCAACGGUGUGUGCCCUGCCCACUUCUGCCGCAGCUCUAGGGGUGUGGCGCGCAAAGCUCUGCAGGCUUUGGAGCAGAUGAAGCUGAUCGAGAAGGACUCAGUGCGCGGUCGCCGCAUCACCACCCAGGGACAGAGAGAUCUCGACCGCAUCGCCGCUCAGGUUAAGCAACGUAAGAAGGACGCUAAGAUUGUGGCCCUCGCUCAGCAGGCAGGCAUCACAGUGCAGGCCCCCCAACCACCCGCCGCAGCGACCCCCGCCACCACACAAGUUGAGGCUUCCGCUUAACAUUUUAGAAAUGUAAAUAUACAUGUUUCUUAAACGCC